UUUUCUUGGCCAGUUGUAUUUUGGCCAUUAGCACGUUCAGAGUUGCGCCCGCGCGUUCAGUCUCCGACAAGUGUAAAAAUCCAAUAAAUCCCGGCCAACGCAACUCUACUAAAAAAAAAUAAAUAUUGAAGUCGGUGUCUAAAACACUUUCGUCGGUUUUUGCACGAAAACGAAAGUAUCUGAGUUAAGCUUAUAACUUGAUGUUUACAUAUCACAAUACUGAAUAAAGAAGGAAAGGCAGAAGAAGCCGAUCGCAGUAACAAAUUACCUUUAAAGAUAUUGAAGACGGCCUAAAGACAAAAGCGAGUGAAAUCACCGACUACAAAGCGGGUCAAUAGCAACCUUCGUUUUAUUACGUUUCCUGAUCUGAUCGUCGUGCCAAGAUGCCAGCGGCCAGCUCACAUCCACGUCUGUUCUUCUAUUUACUCUGUGCUGCCUCACUUUUAGCUUUUUCGAAAUCGGACACCGUGCAAAUACAACCACCAUCCGAAGACUUGGCAUACGACGCUGCUUUACAGCUUGGCUUAUUGAACCAUCGUCUUAAUCUACUCAGCCACGAGGAAGAGUCCAGGCAACUUAGUUUACAAAACAUAACAAUAGGUAAUUUGGUCAACCGCAUACCCUGUAGUUGUGACACUGGGCUGUGCAAGUGCUGUGCUGGUUUCCUUGCGGUAAUUGGCAUGAACAGUUGCACAGAAGUUGCGUAUCGUCCUGAUGAAUUUUCGUUUGAGUUACGCAUGCGAGUUAAUAACAACAUUUGGUUCCGGCAAAAGGUCUCCGGCCAGAAUCCACCUCCUUUCUGCUUCAGGCCGCCACGUUUUAACUUUGCCAAGGCCUGUAUUCAGUUUCAUGACAUUUGGUUUGUCGGCCGUAACAUGCACGUCUGCAUGUACAUGUCUGGGGAGUUUCAGGGCUUUGAGUUGUUCGAAAGAAACUUUGAUUGUCUUUUGUUUGGUGACCACGGAGUUAAAAUUGUUCCCCCAGAGCAAGGCUACCCCGUGAGACCGAACGACGUCGACAUUGAUGAUGGAGACGAUGAGAUCGAGGAGUAUGAUGAGAACGUAGUCCGCAGCUUGGCAGAAAAAAUGUGCGAAAACUGCAAAAUGACGUGCUCUGUUGCUAUCCUAUCCUCAUCCCUCCCUGCUAAUAGCACUGGCAGCUAGCCCAUUGAAACGCAAAAAAAGGGGAAAUCAACACAGCUAACAAUUUGUAAAGGAUAAUGCAACCUUAGGCUGCAUCUGCACCGCAUGUGCAACACCUUGAGCGAGGAGGGGGCAGGAGUUUGCAUUGAAAUGCAUAUGCACAUGCACGUUGACUGUUGCACUUCGUUUGACUGGCAGUUGACUGUAAUAAAGGACUUUUAGGCUGCAAGGAUACAGUCCGCAGUGGUAGCGGCAGCAACAGGACAGCCGACGACUUGCGUCAAGAGGAGGAGUAGAGUAUUAUUUCGCACUUGACUGCGAAUCGAGCUCCAGUCAAGUGGUGUGCAACAAAAGCGUAUAUUCACAGCUUAUGGGUACCUGUGCUGGUCUGGUGCAUUCAGAUGCUAUGCAAAUAAAAAACGAUGCAUGUGGAAGAGACACGUUAACAUUGCAUCUCGAGUACUUAAGAACAAUAUUAGGACCUUUUAUUAUUUGUUUUCUGAUUAGCUGAAACCGGUAAUUUUCUUGUUUGCCUUUAAAUAGUCGUAUAAUCAGUUAUUUUAAAUACAUUUAAAUAACAAUAAAGUAACCCCUGGUCUCUCCAUUUAUAAAA